AUGUCCCAGUUAUGCCCCGCCCCAAGGGAGAACAGCAGAGCUCCCCGCCACCCGAGAGAAUGCAGGAGAACCAGGGCCGACAGUCCCCCAGCCCAGCUAGAGACCAUCCCCCUGAGUGCAGGCAUAGCCAGCGAGCUCCAUGAACCUGAGGCCGGUCCUGAUCCUGGAUGGGGGCCCAGCUCCCCCCAGGGAAGAGGUCCAAAACCCACCCCAACACCGGCCAUGCGCCCCCGGGACUACCGCACGCCCCAAUUAACGACUGAAGUCCAGAAGAUGAGAGUUUGUGUGGAGGAAGAGGAGGACAGAGCAGAGUCUCCAGUAUCCAGUUGUCUGUCUAUGAAGAGUGACCAGUCAAAAAACUUUCCUCCAAAGUUCAGUAAUGAACCUGGACCCUUAGACACAAAAGUUCAGUCUGACAGACAGAGAGCAGAGUCUCCAGUAUCCAGCUGUCUGUCUAUGAAGAGUGACCAGUCCAGAGGUCUUCCUCUGAAGUUCAGUAAUGAACCUGGACCCUCAGACACAAAAGAGAAGAGGGGUCAUGUUUCUGUGGAGGAGCAGCCGUCCUGCUGUGCUUUGUGUCAGGACAUCCUAAAGGAUCCAGUCUCUGCCAGCUGUGGACACUGGUUCUGCACACAGUGCAUCACCUCAUACUGGGACCAGUCUGCUUCACCAGGAGACUGUCCCCAUUGUGGAGAAGGAGCAAGAGCUGGACUGCAGACAGCCAGUCAGAGUAGCUCUGUACAAAUGAUUGGUGGUCUGCAGGAGGAUUUUGAAAAGCAUAAGAUCAGUCUGAGGAGAAGGUAUGAAUGUGUCACUGAAGGAACUGAUGAAACAGGAAGUGGAACCCUCCUCAACCGGAUCUAUACUGAGCUCUAUAUCACAGAGGGACAGAGUGAAGAGGUUAAUACCCAACAUGAGGUGAGGCAGCUUGAGACAGCUUCCAAGAUGGAGACCCUCCAUGAAACUCCACUGAAGUGCCACAACAUCUUUAAAGCCUUACCUGACCAACAGAGACACAUCAGAGUGGUUCUGACGAGUGGCGUCGCUGGCGUUGGAAAAACCUUCAUAGUGCAGAAGUUCACUCUGGACUGGGCAGAGGGCUUGGAAAACCAAGAUGUCAGUCUGUUGGUUCUGCUCUCGUUCAGAGAGCUGAACUUGAUCAAAGAUGAGCAGUACAGUCUUCUCAUGCUGCUCCAUGUUUUCCAUCCAACAUUACAGAAGGUCACAGCAGAGAAGCUCGCUGUCUGUAAACUGUUGUUCAUCUUUGACGGCUUGGAUGAAAGCAGACUUUCAUUGGAUUUCCACAACAAUGAGGUUGUGUCUGAUGUCACACAGAAGUCAUCAGUCAACCUGCUGCUGACAAACCUCAUCAAGGGGAAUCUGCUUCCCUCGGCUCUCGUCUGGAUAACUUCCCGACCUGCAGCAGCCAAUCAGAUUCUUCCUUCAUGUGUUGACAGGUUAACAGAAGUACGAGGCUUCACUGAAGCCCAGAAGGAGGAGUACUUCAGGAGGAGAAUCAGUGAUGAAGAGCUGUCCAGCAGAAUCAUCUCACACAUCAAGACCUCCAGGAGCCUCCACAUCAUGUGUCUAAUCCCAGUCUUCUGCUGGAUCACUGCUACAGUUCUGGAGCACAUGUUGACUACAGAGCAGAGAGGAGAGCUGCCCAAGACCCUGACUGACCUGUACUCACACUUCCUGCUGGUUCAGACAAAGAGGAAGAAGCAGAAGUAUAAUGAGGGACAUGAGACGAGUCCACAGGAACUGAUGGAGGCUGAUGGGAAGGUUCUUCUGAAGCUGGGAAGGCUGGCGUUUGAACAGCUGGAGAAAGGAAACAUCAUGUUCUACCAAGAAGACCUGGAGCAGUGUGGUCUUGAUGUCACAGAGGCCUCUGUGUACUCAGGAGUUUGUACAGAGAUCUUCAAAAGAGAGAGUGUGAUCUUCCAGAAAACAGUCUACUGCUUUGUUCAUCUGAGUGUUCAGGAGUAUCUGGCUGCAGUCUACAUGUUCAGCUGUUACACUAACAGUAACACAGAGGUGCUGCAGGACUUCUUAGAAAAGCAAUACAUUGAUUCAGCCCUCGAUGUCUUCCUGAAGGGAGCAAUGAUGAAAUCUCUUAAAAGUAAAACUGGCCACCUAGACUUGUUUGUUCGCUUUCUUCAUGGCCUCUCUCUGGAGAACAACCACAGAAUCUUAGGAGGCCUGCUGGGUCGGACAGAGAACAGUCCAGAAAUCAUCCAGAGAGCCAUCAACAACCUGAAGAAUAUGAACACAAAAAGCUCUCCUGACAGAAGCAUCAAUAUUUUCCACUGUCUGAUGGAGAUGAACGACCACUCAGUUCAUCAGGAGAUCCAAGAGUUCCUGAAGUCAGAGAACAGAUCAGAGACGAAACUCUCUGUGGUCCACUGCUCAGCUCUGGCCUACAUGCUGCAGAUGUCAGAGGAGGUUCUGGAUGAGUUGGAGUUGACUAAGUACAACACAUCAGUGCAGGGACGACAGACACUGAUUCCAGCUGUGAGGAACUGCAGAAAGGCUCGACUGUCCUUCUGUGGACUCUCAGAGACUCACUGUGAAGUCGUGGCCUCAGCUCUGAAGUCCAACCCCUCCCAUCUGAGAGAGCUGGACCUGAGUCACAACAACCUGCCAGAUUCAGGAGUGAAGCUUCUGACUGCUGGACUUGAGAAUCCAAAUUGUAGUGUGGAGAAUCUGGGAUUGAGGUGCUGCAGUUUGACAGAGAGCAGCUGCGCUUCUCUGGCCUCAGCUCUGAAAUCCAACCCCUCCCAUCUGAGAGAGCUCCGGCUGAGUGGAAACAACCUGCAGGAUUCAGGAGUGAAGCUGCUGUGUGGUUUUCUGGAGAGUCCACACUGUAGACUGGAGACUCUGGGAAUGUGUCUCUGCAGUUUGUCAGAGAUCAGCUGUGCUUCUCUAGCCUCAGCUCUGAAGUCCAACCCCUCCUACCUGAGUGCACUGUGGCUGAGUGACAACAAGGUUCAGGAUUCAGGAGUGAAGCUGCUGUCUGGUUUUCUGGAGAGUCCACACUGUAGACUGGAGACUCUGAGAUUGUGGAACUGCAGUUUGUCAGAGAUCAGCUGUGCUUCUCUGGCCUCAGCUCUGAAGUCAAACCCCUCCAAUCUGAGAGAGCUGGACAUGAGUAAAAACAAGCUGCAGGACACAGGAGUGAAGCUACUCUGUGAUUUUCUGGGGAGUCCACACUGUAGACUGGAGACUCUGAGAUUGUGGUGCUGCAGUUUGUCAGAGAUCAGCUGUGCUUCUCUGGCCUCAGCUCUGAAGUCCAACCCCUCCCAUCUGAGAGAGCUGGAGCUGGGUGACAACAAGCUGCAGGAUUCAGGAGUGAAGCUUCUGUGUGGUUUUCUGGGGAGUCCAUACUGUAGACUGAAGACCUUGAGAUUGAGUUGGUGCGGUUUGUCAGAGAUCAGCUGUGCUUCUCUGGCCUCAGCUCUAAAGUCCAACCCCUCCCAUCUGAGAGAGCUGGAGCUGAGUGACAACAAGCUUCAGGAUUCAGAUGUGAAGCUGCUCUCUGAUCUUGUGGAGAGUCCACACUGUAGACUGGAGACUCUGAGACUUUCUGACUGUGGACUCACAGAGACUCACUGUGAAGCUGUGGCCUCAGCUCUGAAGUCCAACCCUUCCUAUCUGAGAGAGCUGGACCUGAGCUACAAUAACCUGUCAGAUUCAGGAAUGAAGCUGCUGUCUGCUGGACUGAAGAAUCCAAACUGUAGUGUGGAGAAUCUGGGAUUGAGUCGCUGCAGUUUGUCAGAGAUCAGCUGUGCUUCUCUAGCCUCAGCUCUGAAGUCCAACCCCUCCCAUUUGAGAGAGCUGGAUCUGGGUGACAACAAGCUGCAGGACUCAGGAGUGAAGCUGCUGUGUGAUUUU